AGUUCACUUCUCACCACCUCCACCACCACCACCACCACCACCACCACUACUACUACUACUACUACUACUACUACUACUACUACUACUACUAAAACAACAGUAGCAGCAGUAACAACAACAACAACAACGACAGCCAACUCAUCGUAUUCGCCAAGAUGAAGUUCUACACCGCCGCCCUGGUCCUGUCCCUCGCCGCCGUGGUCGCGUGUCACCCCGGCUUCGACUUCGAGGGGGACGACCAGAGCCACGACCAGACCGGCGAGGCGGGGAGCAACGUGGAGGGGAGCUACAGGUGGACGUCCCCGGAGGGCGAGGAGUUCUUCGUGCGCUACGUGGCGGACGAGCUGGGCUACCGCGUGAUGGAGAGCAACGCCGUGCCGCACGACGCCGACGGCACCUCCGCGGACGGCAACCAGGGCUCCUUCAGCGGCGAGGAGGGCGACGGGGAGGGCGGCGAGAGGAAGUGAGGGGGAGGAGGAGGAGGGGGAGAGGAGGAGGAAGAGGAGGAGAAGAGGAGAGUGUUGUAGGAUAGAGGAGGAAGGAAUAAGAGGAAUGUAAAGAAUGGAAACGAGAAAAAGUGAAGAGGAAGAAGAGGAAAACAGGCAACGGUGUCAAGAGGAACUGAAGAAGAGGAGGAGGAAGAGGAGGAGGAAAGAAGACAACGGUAACCAAAGAAAGCGAAGAAGAAGAAGAAGAGGAGGAGGAGGAAGAGGAGCAGCUAUUUAUCUAUUUAUUAGCACUGUGAUCCUAUUUAUCUAUUGUGGUCUUACUGAACUAAUGUAAGCCAACCCAGACCUUUCCUUUGACCCUCACGAGCACCAAUAAACACCCUGGACUUACUGAGGCUGUUACUAUGUCCCCUUGUUGCGCUCCACACGAGGACACGAGGACACUACUAGCGGCCACAGGCUGCACACGGCGCCCACUGGGAACAACAACACACAGAAUAGACAACUCACAGACACACACACACACACAACACAUAUACAAGGAGUGGGUGUUUCCGUCCCAGUGUGUUCCUCUGCCUCACUCUCCUGUCCACACGACCACCGGCGGAGGGGUGUGAGGGACAGGCGGAGACAUUGACGCCUGGCAGUGCGUGCUGACCCUGGACCCUUGCUGCUUGUUGCCUGUUGAUGUCUUGUCUCUGCUCUGUAGGCUUGUAUGUUUUCAGCUAUCCUCAAUAAA